ACUUCAUCUACAUUACUUCUUUUACAAUUUCAUCUUCAACAAAAUCUUCCAAUUUCAUCUACACCAACUCCCCAACAAUAUGUCUUUACUCACAAUGGGCGAAGCACACAGAGGAACAGUUGCAAACAUCGCAACAUACGAUGUAUCAAGGUUUCGAACUCGAGUCCACGAAUUUGUCCCAAUGGACCCGAUGAUUCAACCUUAUGUUGAACUCGCCGGUUUUGGUCACAUUAGCAAGAUUAUGUCUUGGUCUAUAGAUAACAAGUUCAUUCUAGCCUUAUGCGAAAGAUGGAGGCCAGAGACACACACAUUUUGGUUUCCAACCGGUGAGUGUACCGUGACGUUAGAAGACGUCUACAUGCUUUUAGGACUACGAAUUGAAGGCAAAGCUGUUAAUGGUAAGAUCAACUAUGCAAAUUCAAUUUGCAUGGAGCUUUUAGACACUGAUUUGUUAGAUGAUAAUGCUAGAGAUCAAGGUGUACUACUCUCACAUGUUACAUUAUGUUGUUACUAG